ACCCCCCACCCCUACCUACUCCCACUCCUCCCACCUGCCCCCUAUAUAAAGCAACACAUAACAGGUCUCUCCAUUAAGUAGCUACUUUUUCUUGAUUCACUAUUACCUACAACAAUUAUUCCAUACAGUAUCCAAUGGCAUCUCAAAAAGUUGCAAUGGGCAUAGUCUUGAUUCUUGUAGCCAUGUUUUGGGGUGGAAUCGAUGCACAGUCAAGGGACUGCACGAAUUCGAUUGUUAGUAUGUCUCCGUGCCUGAAUUACGUCUCCGGGAACUCAUCGAGUCCGUCCCCCGGAUGCUGCACACAGCUUGGGACCAUAGUCCGAUCGCAACCCGAAUGCUUGUGUCAAGUACUGAAUGGUGGUGGCUCCUCCCUUGGCCUUGACAUAAACCAGACACAGGCUUUAGCACUGCCUAAAGCCUGUAAUGUCCAAACUCCCCCUUCCAGCCAAUGCAAUGCUGGUUCGCCUUCAGGAUCUCCUGAUGGUGGAUCAAAAAAUGUGCCAUCAACAGGAAAUAAUUCUUCAGAUGCAACUUCCUCCAAAUUGGAUGCUCCACUGAUGUUUCUUCUUCUGUUUGUAGCAUCUUAUGUUUCAACCUUAACCAUGUCAUGAUUUCUACAGAAAGUUAGCCAGUUUUGCGGUAUGUUUUAAUACAUACAAAUAUUAUAAAUAAAUUUUAGUGAGAUAUUGGGUUGGUGGAGUAUUAGGUAGCUAUUAGUUGGGAUUUUUGUUGACCCAUUGUUUUGUUUAUUCAAUUAUUGCUUGUUGUCUCUAUCUUCAUAAUAAUCUACAGUAUUUCCUUUUUUUCCUCA